UUCUCUGCUUGGUGAGUGGUGGGGGAAACCUCGGAGACAUGGCUGGACGCCGGUGGGUGCAGCAGUUACCAUGACGACGCCAUGGAGGGCGGGUCGCUGCUCAGCGCCGUCCACAGUUUUAUUUUAAGGAACAUCCACAAUGAGUGACAAAAAAGAAACCAGUGAAUCUACAGAUGCGGGAGAUACCACAGAAGGUGGUGAAUAUGAGGAUGAUUUUGAGAAAGACCUUGAGUGGCUAAUUAAUGAAGAAGAAAAAGAAAUCUCUGAUGAUAUACAGAAUCAUGAUGACAAUGAAGAGGAUUUUGAAACUGACAAAGACUUAGAGGAUAGAAUAAAUCCUUCACAAGAUUCUCUUGAGCCUGAAGAAAUACUGAAGGAUGAGGAACGAAAUUCUUCACAAGAGCCUCCCGAACCUGAGGAAGCUCUAAAUGAUGCACCACAAAAUGAAAUACAUUCUGUAUUUGAAUUUGACCCUAAGGUGUUGGAACCGGCAUCUGAUACAGAUAGUGAAAGCUCCUGUCAGGAAUCAAGGCUAGAAGACAAGGAGGAAGAUGAUGAAGAUAUAAAACGUUAUAUCUUAGAAAAAAUUGAAGAAGCCAACAAGCUUCUGUUGUGUCAGGAGCCUUUGGAUGAAACAAAAGAAAGAAAACUAAAAUUCAGGGAUAAUCUAGUAGAACUAGAAAUACCAUCUCUGAAAAAUAUAGAAACAGAUAAAAAUGAUCCUCACAGGGAACAAAACAUUGCAGGUAGGCUGACUCAGUUGCGCAUUUCUAAUGAAACAGGACAGGAAGAUAUCUCUCUUUCUAUUAAUGGUGGUACAGAUGAUGAGCACAAGGAUGGCAAGAUCCUAGUAGAAAGAGAUGGGAAGUUUGAACUUUUGAGUAUCCGUGACAUUGAAAGUCAAGGCUUCUUUCCUCCACUGAGUGUUUCUUUCAGUGACUUUGAAACUCAACAUAUUUCUCCUAAAACUUCCUAUGCUAAUGCUUUUGGCACAAUCAGCAUAACAAAAGAGGAAUCCUUCAUGCAAACACCUGUAACAUCUUGUUCUCCUUCCAGAGAUCGAUUUAUUUUUAUCCCUCAACCACCACCUAUUCGACCAAGCUCCGCCAUCAAUAUUACAAGGAAUAUAGAACAAGGGAAAAGCCCACGCAGGGUCCAGUCAGCAAAAGUGAGCAUUGGUAUAAGAAGUUCUACAUACUGCUUAUCACCCAGGCAAAAAGAGCUACAAAGACAAAUGGAGGAAAGAAGAGAGAAAAUAAGAAGAGAGGAAGAAAUACAGAAAAGGAUACUGGAGGACCAAAAAAGGAGAGAGAAUGACCGAGUCUUCCAGGCUUGGCUGCAAAAGAAAAAAGAACAAAUGCAGCAGGAGAAAAGAGUUCAGCGUGCAAAAGAAAUGGAGAAUGUAAACAGCAGAGAGAGUAGAAAUCCAGAAGAAGCUUUCAAGUUGUGGCUUAAAAGAAAGCAGCAGGAACAGAUUAAAGAAAAACAGAUACAAACUCUGAAAGAACAAGAAGAGGGCAUGUUCUUCCUUCCAAGAACAACUGAAAAUGACAAAGCUUAUAAACAAUGGCUAAGGAGGAAGAGACGUGAGAAGCGAGAAGAGCAACUAGUUGUUAGAGAACGAUCAAAACAGUUUAAGCAGGAAGCCAGAAGAGCAAAACAAAUAGAAAAUAUUCUGUGGUCAAUUUCUGAACCAAAGUCCCUCCGUUUUACAGAUCAAUACUGCUGAGAUUUAGAGACACUGGAUGCCUGUCUUCCAGAAUAUCUUGCAUAGCUUGAGAUUGCCUGUUGGAAGUAGUUUCUCUUCUGGAAUGUUUAGGUGUCCUUCAAUAAUGGCUUAAUUUUCUCUUAGUAAUUUUUCCCCAUCUUAAACUUGGAAUAAUUAUCUAUUUGUGAACAGAUUGGGAUGGCCUUCUCAGUUCUAUAAAACAUAUGUAAAACAAUAAAUACUCCUCCUAUAA